AUCAAACCAGGAUGUUCAAACUAGCAGUAUUCUCCGCCCUCGUCGCCGUCUGCGUCGCUCGACCGGGACUCCUUGGUGCAGGCGUGGGCUUAGGAGGACUUGGACAUGGAAUUGGAAUAGCCGCAGCACCUCUCGCAGUCGCCGCCCCCAUUGCCGUCUCUUCCGGAAUUAGCCACCAGUCUAGGCUGGACAUUAGAACACCAGUCGCUGUGGCAGCCGCCCCUAUUGCUUUGGCCGCCGCCCCGGUUGCUCUUGCCGCCCCUGCUGUCGCCCUUGGUGGACAUGGGCUAGGAUUGGGGGGGAUUGGUUUGGGAGGUAUUGGAUUGGGAGGUGUUGGUUUGGGACUGGGAUUGGGACAUGGAGGACUUGCGUUGGGUCAUUAG